UACCUACUUUUUUCUGUUAAUGUUUAGCCCUUGUUGGACAGAAGAAGAGCUGAUUCAACAUUCUCCGUGUGUACUUGUCUCCUCAAACCCUGAACAUGUCCCCCGCAGCUGUGUUAUUCGCCAUUCUGGCUCUCUCCGGGAUGACCGCUGACGGACAAGACAGGCACCAUGUCCCCUGCUGGCGACAAACUCAGUGUGAUUCGUGCCAGCGUACCAACUCACUGAACGGAGUGACGGUCUGCUGCCAGCAAUGUGCUGAUGCACCCGUGUACCCGCUGGGCGCCAACAACUGCACGUGUCUCAUGGUGCCCGUUCUUACACCCGUUUCUACACCCGUUCCUACACCCCGGAGUGGCGCCUGCAUGCACCUGGUCAGCGUGUCCCUCCUGGGCCUCCAUACAGUCGUCUGGGGUCUGUUUGGUCAGACACUGUAACACGGGAAUAAAACGAUAAACUAUAUCAAAGGUU